ACUUCCGUCACAAAGCCCUUUGCGAGAGAGUUAGACCAAGAUGGCGUCAACGCAGCUAACCGACGAGGAUCUUUGCUCCGAAUUAAAGCGUUUUGGUUUCACCCCCGGGCCAGUGACCGAAAGCACUCGGCCGGUGUACUUGAAGAAACUGAAGAAGCUUCGGGAGGAACGGCAGCAGCGAGGGGUUCGAGCCGCCAAAGCCCGCAGCGGCGGUGGAGCCAUCAACAGCAACACGGCGGGAUUUGGGCCAGCCAGUCGUGACGUCACGCACCUGAGCUCGCGCAGGCGACCCGGCCGGAAGUCUACUGUUCUCGGCUUCAGCUCGGACGAGUCUGACACUGAAACUCCACUGAAAAGAAGCGACGGGGGGGCGAAACAACAAGCGAAAUAUCCCGCUGGAACCCCGUGUGUUAAAAGUCGACAUGGUGCUGGUAGUACGCUGAACAAUUUUCCAGACGGUGUCUCGGCGAGUUGGGGACUUGGUGUUAGACCUUGCCCCGAAGCUGAUGGUCGGGAUUGUGGCGACUCCGAGGACGAAUUUGACGGUGGGGAUGAGAAGUCCUGCCGCUCUUUAAAUGGCAGCAGGGCGUCAAACUUUAACGCCAGCAAGCUAGCCGGGAAUUAUUCCGACUCGGAAGACGGGGGGGGUUGGGGCCUUGGGGGAGACCGACAGCGGGGUAGUCUGGAUCCCAGACAGGGCCACGCGAAGGCUGGCUUCUCACCCCACGUCGUCCCCCGCGGGUCUAACAUAACCGGGGGUGCAAACAUGGUGGGGAAACGUCACGGGGAGAAUGAAGGAGACGGCGUAAAGAGAAAUGACUCAAGGAGGAAAACUAUCUACGUGUCCCUCGCCGAGAACCACAUGGGAACUGCAGGCAAAAACCACCACGCCGACAAGGAGGAUAUUAACUCAAGUCGGUUCAGCACUGGGUUGAGACCGCGCUUUUCCACCUACAGCAGUCUGGCUCCGACCUACAGGGCCAACCACUCCAACCACAACUCCCCCAACCACUCAUACAGCUCCCCGCUGCUCAAGGAGAAGCCGCCCGCUCCACCGGAGGAUGACAUUUUCCAGCAGUUCAAAAGGGAAGAGGUGGCGACCGCAAGCAGCUUCAGCGCCCACUACCUCUCCAUGUUCCUGUUGACAGCAGCCUGCCUCUUUUUUCUACUCCUGGGCCUCAUGUAUCUCAGGAUGAGAGGCAACGGGUCAACGGAAGUAGACGUAGUUGUUAAGAAUCACCCUUUUGGCAGUGAGUUUGAUGAUACAUAUGACAAGCCUGUGAGGGACCUCAUCUUGAAGUUGCUGCUCAAUCUCCACGACCAUUUGGCACACACAGCUGGCCGACAUGACUGUGGAGAACAGCAGUAUCCAAACAGAAGUCUGUCCAUAGCUGAGGCCUCUGCAUAUUUAAUGACUCAAAAUGAGGAGUUUGAAGACUUAAUCUACUCGUCACUUGAAUGGAUCAUCCGGACAAACCAAGAUGUUGGGAUAAGGCUGGUCGGGCAGGCAGCCGAUGAGCCCAUUACUGAUGUGUCAGAAAUCUCUCGUCUGGAGUCGACACAUCCACAGAUGCCAUUCACAUGUCGCUUCCGCCGAGCUUUCCUCACAGUCAUCAGCAGAGUCUUCCUCUUUGUGGCUGUAAUUGGCAGUGUGUGGGGUCUGGUCUGCUACGUCAAGUAUCACUGGAGGAAAGAGGAGGAGGAAACCAGGCAAAUGUACCACAUGGUGGAGAGGAUACUUGAUGUGCUGAGGAGCCAUAGUGAGGCAUGCCAAGAGAACCAAGACUUUCAGCCCUAUUUGCCCAUACCCCAUGUCAGAGACUCACUCAUCCAACCUCAGGAACGGAAGAAAAUGAAGAGGAUUUGGGAGCGUUCUGUGAGCUUUCUGUCUGCAAACGAGUCUAGAAUCCGAACAGAGACCCAGAUCAUUGGGGGGGCUGACUAUCUUGUCUGGAGGUGGAUCCACCCAUCUCAAAAUUGCGACAAGACCAGCUCGAUUCCCUCCAAAGUCUGGCAGGGAAAAGCCUUCCCUCUAGACCGCAGGAAUUCCCCUCCAAACAGCCUGACCCCGUGUCUAAAGAUCAGGAACAUGUUUGACCCGGUCAUGGAAGUUGGAGACAACUGGGAUCUAGCCAUCCACGAGGCCAUUCUGGAGAAGUGCAGCGAUAACAAGGGCAUCGUCCACAUCGCGGUCGACAAGAACUCGCGAGAGGGCUGCGUCUACGUGAAGUGCCUCUCUGCAGAACACUCAGGGAAAGCCUUCAAGGCACUUCAUGGCUCUUGGUUUGAUGGUAAGCUGGUGACAGUGAAAUACCUGCGGCUGGACCGGUACCACCAGCGCUUCCCCCAAGCUCAGGCUUGCAGCACACCCCUGAAGGCCUUCAGCCUCCACACCAAUGCCACAAGCACCACGAACAUUACGCCCGACCUCCAGCCCUGCGGCUCGGCCGACUCCUCAGGCUUCUCAUGAGAUGAAUUUUUGUGGUGUCUCAUCGGUCGACAUGGAGGAAUAGUCUGCCAUGGGAAACUUUUUUUUUUUUUUUUUACAUUUCUAUAUUACUUAUUUUUCCAGAGUCUUUUCCAGAGGAACUGUCUGUGACACCGUGUUGGUUUUCUACAAUAUUUGUAUUAAAAAAGUCACAGAUAACCUCUGGAUUUGUUUUAAUGCGUGCAAAGACUCCUCCGCCUCUGUCUCUUCAACAGUCUGAUGGAUAUUUCCCACAGCUUGCUACGGACAUUAAGCUUUUGCAUGCAGCGGUGUAUGCCUCCACGUCAGCAUUGAGGACAGAACUGUGGAUUCCCCUCGUUGUUACGUAGUUAAUGCAGGGAAGGCAUGAGCAGACUGGAAGAGGACAUGAGUAAAUACACGGGAAUGACGGCACAAGCUUUUAUAGAAUAACCCGCAUUUAAAGCAAAAGUGCAACAAGUGCACAGCAAGAUUGUCAUUUGAGCUGCUCUUGGUUUCCUGACUUUUCCCCCCUUUAAUCUUAACUCAACUUUAGGGCGGAAACCAAUAACAGAAUAAGGGAGUGUUCGCUUACACUUUCCUCACUUGUAAUCCAGUAUAUCAUGUUAUGAUUUAUGUUUAUUAUUUACCUGUCAUGUCUGGCCCUAUUCAUUCAUGUUACCAAUUGAUGGUUUCUACUUUUUUGGUCAGCUUGUCCCGCUGUUAUAAUGAUCCUACCAUGACCUUUGGAACACUGAAUUUGCUCCUGCUAAGACGUGAUAUUUUUUUUCAGAGAAGUGUAAAAGUUGCAGUGUAUAGUCGUUACUAAUGAUGCACAUUACCAAUGUUCACAAACAUCCCAACCGUGCCUUAAAGUUGUGUUUUUUUUUUGUUUUUUUUUAAAGAUGGGCACUGCAUUGCUGAAGAAAUGGUACUGGUUUCCAAAGGUUGAAACUGGUUUUUAAGCUCGAGUAAAACCUCCCGUAGAUAGAAAUCUGACAUCCUCACAUUUGGUAUUUUGUAGCUGUUUCCUCAAAUAUUAAACAAAAUGCUCCUAUUUAUUAUUUUUUUUAAUCAGCCAUGGUGAUGUAUUUAAUGAUGUCACUGGACCUGUUACAUGUCGUAGUUUUUUGUGUUUUUUUUUUUAAAGGAUUGACCAUACAUCCGCAGCCAGACAAUUGUCAGGAUGUGUUAAACAACAAAAUAAAGAACACUUUCAGAUACA